AUGUUGAAACCGCUUCUUCUUUACUUCGGCUUAGUCCAUGUUGGGUUUGAGAUUGCGUUACUGUUAGAACAAGCGAUUCCAAUACUGUUAGAACAAACAAAACAAACAUCCCGACGAUUCUUCAAAAAAAGAGCCAAGAGAUAUGAAGGUGAAGACAGGAUCAGUGCGUUGCCGGACGAUUUGCUUGUGCGGAUAUUGUCUUUAGUCCCAACAAAAGAUGCAGUGCCUACCAUGAUUUUGUCUAAACGAUGGCGUUCUAUUUGGACCAUGGUCCCAGCCCUCCAGUACCUAGAGAUCAAUAAUGGUACUCGCGGAAUAGUUAUUGCCGGUUUACUUGGCCGUUUACUUGACCGUUUAUUUGGCAAAAGUGAUCAGAAACCGCGGUGUAUUUGGCGGUUUAUUGACGGAUCCCUACAACAUCACAAGGCACAUGUAUUAGAAACAUUAGCUAUACUAAUUGGUGGACACUGUCCCGUUAAUACUGAUGUGGGAAAGUGGAUUGUAAAUGCAGUUGAUCGUAGGGUGCGCGAGCUAUCAUUCUUUCUCUCGUGGUCCGCAGAGCCUACCAGGUUGCCUACGUGCCUUUACACGUGCGAUACUCUCGUCUCUAUGGGUCUUUACGACAAAGUUCUUGUGGAUGUUCCUUCUCCUGCUUGCUUCCCAUCCCUCAAAGCUCUCGGACUUUACCAUGUGUUGUAUAAAGAUGAAGAUUCUAUCGUUAGGUUUCUAUCGAGUUGUCCUAUUCUCAAACAUUUGGCCGUGCACCGACAUUACUACGACAACGUGAAACGUUUCAAAAUAAAAGUCCCAUCUUUGGAGAUCUUUUGGUAUGAAUGUACCGGCUACAAAAAUAUUGAGGGAACUUUGGUUAUAGAUUCUCCGGCUUUAAAGAAACUCUUUAUCACAUAUAAUUCAGCAGGUUUUUGCUUGAUUGAGAACAAGCCUCGCUUUGAGAAAGCAACAAUCAAUGUUGAUUGUUACCUUGAUAACAAGUUUAUGAGAUCUAUUUCCUCACUCAAGUACCUCGAAUUACAUUUGAACUUUGCAACGGUUGCGUGUUGUGACGCUAUUAAUUUCUCGAAGCUUAUGGAGUGUAAAUUAACUCUUGCAAAUGAGUUGGACUGGUUGGAUCCACUAAUGCGUUUGCUUGGAAAUUCUCCUAAUCUAAAAGUUGUUUCCAUCGACCAGGUUUGUACAUUCUCCCUCAUGCAGCACGCAAUCGACCUGAGGAGAAUUUCCCACUUUCAUGGAACCAACCGAGUUCUGUUCCGGGAUGUUUGUCAGCCCAUCUCGAGAUCUUUGAGUGGAGAGGAUAUAGAGGAAGUAGAAGAGAUAAAGAAAUCAUUAGAUACAUUCUUGCCAACUCCAAGUGUUUAA